AUGACCGAAAAGCCGGCCCAAACUGGGGAAACGGCUUCCGCAGAAAACGAGACCAAAAAAGAACUGUCAACCGAAGAACUGCUCAACUUUUGCAAGACGGCCAUCGACGAGAAGCAGGACAAACAACUGGUGCUCAAGGAGCAGAAACGAUUAGCCAGCUUUUUCGACGUGCUCUCCAUCCUUGACCACGAGAUCGGGAAGGCCAAAGAGGGCUCAUCCACGAAUACGGGUUAUAAAGACUUCUUGAAGCUGGUGCAGGAUGAGUUCAUUCCGAGCGAAGCGCUGACGCUCGAAAUCGCCGAUUUGAUCGAGCCCUCCGAUGCGCAAUCGUUGAUUCGGACGCGAACACGAUUAUAUUACAAACAGCUCAAAUUCAACCUUCUCCGGGAGGAAAGCGAGGGCUAUUCGAAACUACUCACCGAGCUGAUCGAUAAUGAAGCCGAUUUGUCGUCCGGGGAGCUGGCGCAGCGGAUUCUUUGCUUGAUCGGUCAAUUCAACCUGGAUCCAAAUCGUGUCUGUGAUGUGAUCCUCGAAGCCUUCGAAGCCUCCACGGAUCAACCGGCGCUCUUCCUCGAGCUCCUCACCGAGCUUCGUGUCAGCCGCGAAUAUCUGACGACGAUUCUGGGCUUUAAACUCUCUAGUUGUCAGGGUUCCACGAACGGUACUCCUUACGCUCUCUACCUGAUCACGGCCCAUUUGAUCGAGAACAAAUUUGUGCGGCUAGAAGAUAUAUGUGGAUAUCUCUCCCCGACUCAAGAAGAGAUAAAAGGGAUCCGGAAGCGGCAGCUGGAAAAUAUAACAAAGCGAGCAAAAGCCGCCGAAAUUAUCCACACCUCAAAUAUUACCGUGGAAAUGAAGGCGCAGCCGCAAGUUGAGAACACUAAUGGCUCGGGGAUCUCGUUCGCCACGGUUCUUGCCCAACAAGAGCUGGAGGACGCGAAGCUGGGCGCGGAAUUUGAUGAGGAACGUCUUCUCGCCACCAAUCAAAAGCUCGGCCUCACGUGUGCCCUGUGCGAGAUCGGCUCGUGGACGCUCGCCAAAUUUCUGCUCGAAUGCAUGCCGGAGGGAUUUGCGCUGACCGCAGUCCCGAAAAUCAGCUGCACCAUCGCCAAGAUGGUCGACCGGUCGCUGGACGAGUUCUAUCAGGCAAAAUGUUCCCCACACUUUGUCCGCCGGCAGCGCGCGUCUAGCGAGAAGCCCAAGUCCUUGAUUUUGCAAGAGGUCUCGAACGUCAAAGAAUUCUUCGCGCUGUCCGAAAUCGUGUCGAUACUGGGCCCACGAUUGGCUCUUCGUCCCAAGGCUUACAUCAAGUUUUUGAGGGUGCUGAAGGUGCUGCGCGGUGAGAUGGUCAAGUCGAAAGAGGAUCGGAGUGAAGAACUUUCCCGAAUUCGCGCCCUCCUCGAAGAGGUCAUACUCCCCGGCAUGACGCUCCUCGACCAAAAUUGUGGAGUAGCCGAGGAGGUCUGGGAGCUGCUCCAAAAUCUCCCCUACCAAGAACGCUUCCAGCUUUAUGGGCGAUGGCGCGGCUUGUACACGAAGAAAUAUCCGGAAAUUACGCUGCAAAAGGGAAAGAUCCUGGGGCGGACGAAGUAUUUGCUGAAGCGCCUUUCCAAAGAAACGGCUCGCCAAAUGGGACGCUCGCUGUCGAAGCUAUGCUACGUCUAUCCGUUCGCCGUUUUUGACUAUCUGCUGUCCCAGGUGCAAACCUUCGACAAUUUCAUCGAGCCGGUCGUUGAGAGCAUCCGCUUCUUUUCGAGUCUGUCCUUCGACGUCCUCAUCUACUGCAUCAUCUCCCAACUCGCUGCCUCCGACAAGCAACAGCUAAAAGCCUCCGACGGUUCGCUCUCCGCCUGGCUCCAAUCGCUGGCCACGCUGACCGGUUCCGUUUUUCGACGUUACAACACCGACAUCGUCCCCAUGCUGCAUUAUAUCGUCAAUCAGCUAAAGCGGGAGAAGGGAUUUGAUCUGCUGAUCCUCCGCGAAAUCGUACACAUGAUGGGCGGCGUCGAGGCGUAUAACGGGCUGACGGACGAGCACUUGGAAGCGCUGGCCGGGGAUAAGACCUUGAGACAAGAGGGUGCUUCCUUCACCGUGACGCGCGACAAGAAAGCUUGCGGACGGCUCCGGGAUGCUAUCUUACAGGACGACCUUGCGACCGGCCUCUACAUCCUCAUGGGCCAACAACACCAAUGCCUCGCCUACAAGCACUCCACCCAUUUCCCCUUGAAGCUCACCGGCGAGCUGAUCGACCAGUGCCGCGACACGAUGCUCCAAUUUGCCGAAUUUUUCGUGACGAACGUCGAGAUCAAGAUCUACUGCCAGCUGGUGCCGACGAUCGGUGACCUCCUCGGCAAGUUCCACCUGCAGAUGGACCAGGCGAUGGCGCUGUACAGGCCUGUGUUUAUGCGAGAGGUAAACCUGAAGCACAAAGAGGCCGUCGACCAGCUGCGCAACCGCGUCAAGAAAAUCACCGCCGAGGAGGCGAACGGUCAAAUGGAGGUCGACGCCGAGCCGGGCGAGGUCAACGACGCCAAGGCGAACGCGCUCGAUGCGGCUCUAGAGCAAUCCUGCUUCAAGGGCGCGCUCGAGAAGGAGUUGGACAAGGUGGCCGCCGAGAUCUCUGACCAUAUGCCCGGAUAUGCCAAGAAGUUGCCUGCGAGAACCUACGCCCUUUUCUGGCUAUUGACACGCUACGACCUUGAGGUUCCGAAUGCCGCCUAUGAACGCGCGCUGGACGCGACGAAGAAGAAGAUCAAGGAGCAGAGCAACUCAUCGGAACCGGGUCGCAUCAGGCGUAAAGAAGAGGAACGACUCCGCAAAAUCGAAUCGAAACUCGUUGAAGAGUGGGCAAGGCAAAAAGAGCAUGUCCAACGAGUACACGCCGCGCUCUCGGCGAUGAAGGACGAUUUGAUACACCCCAAAAAUAUCGAACAAAUCGGCUCCCUACUCCAAAUCUGCUUCCUCGCCCGCGCCUCGAUCUCCGAAGACGAUGCUCUCUACUCGGCGCUGUUCUUCAAGAAGCUCCACGCCAUCCACACCACCAACUUCAACACGAUCAUGACUAUUGAUAAGCUCUUCUCUGACAUUGUCCCGCUUGUUCUUGGCCUGACGGAGUGCGAAGCCGCGUCGGUCGGGCGCUUCUUGCAGGCGAUGAUGGAGGCUGCGCUGCACUGGCGAAGUGAUGCGGCUAUUUGGCAGAAGGAAUGCCACGGCCGACCCGGCUUCCAAACAAGAGCCAACCCCGAAGCACAGCUGGUCAGCAUGGAAUACGUAAAGUACCAGCGCCUCUGCUUCAAAUAUCAGUACCUCAUGGGCAAGUCGUUUGCAUUUAUCCUGGGACAAGCCAACGAAGACUACAACAUCAUCCGGAAUACGAUGCUUUUCCUUCAAAAGCUGAUGUCCGUUUUCCCGGUGGUCAAAUUUGUCGCUGAUGAUAUGUCCAAGCUGGCCGAACAAGUUAGAGACCGCGAAAAGGGGAAGCGUGAUGAUUUGUGUCUAAAGGCGGCCAGCUACAUGUCGCACCUGAAGCUGCGCAAGACAAAGAUCUACGAAACGACCGAAUUCUCGACAACCCAAGGCAGUACGGUGACCACCAUCUUUGACAAACCGGAGCCGAAGCGGGAGCUUAAAACAAACGGCAUUGACGGCCCCGCGGCGAAAAAGCGCAAGGUUGAAAGCGGUGCGGCAAAAGAAGUGAAAGAAAACGGCAGUGCCGAGUCGAAGGAAAACGUCAAAUCGAAGGAACCGGCCAAACCAGAGAAGGAGAAGCUCGCCAAAGAAACGAAGCCCGAAAAGCCCGCCAAGGAAGUGAAGCCAGAAAAGGAGGCCGGCGUGGAAAUUGGACCGAUGCCGCCUGCAAAGCUCACCAGGCAAGAAUCGGGCACCAACACCAAGUCCGACAAGGCCAGGUCCGACAAGGCUGAAAAGUCUGCGAAAAAGGAGGAGAAACGAGAAGAGAAGACCCCGAAAUCUGCAAAGCCCGAGAAGUCGGAAAAAUCGGAGCGUCGGUCCUCCUCAAAGCCAGAUGAGUCGCCAAAGGGCAAAAUCAAGCCCGAAUCUCCGAGGAUGAAGUCGUCGGAGAGGGACAUCAGGCGGAAGGAUGAUGACAAGGGCAGACGAUCCGAUCGGGAGAAGGAGAAGGAUCGGGCUCGUGAGCGGGAGAAGGAAAAGGAAAAGGAGCGGGAACGCGAGAAAGGAUCGUCUUCAACGCGUACGGCGACCAGGAUCAAGGACGAGCGCAAGGUGGUCAAGGGUCGUCUCUUUGAGCAAGCGAUUUCCAAGCCCGCGCCCAAAGAUCGACGGCGUACGUCGACCGAAGAUACGAAACUCGCGGGCAAG